UCCGGUCGGAAACUUAUAGUUCCGUUAUGUAGCGUCUACAGUAUAUUAGAAUCAGGCUUUUCAUGGACAAUUGAAUUCCUCGUUACACGUUCUCAAAUUGCGCAACGUCAUUAAACAGUUUCUAACCUGUAAGUUUGUAUGAAAAGAUUAAAAAAUUAUUAUCCGAAAAUUCGCAUAGCUUGUAUCGGUGUUGUACCGACUCAUUUGCGUGUCAGAUCUCGUCGUAGAUCGAUAUUAUCUGAUCGGAUUAACGAUUAUGCAAUUCGACGAUCUGCUGGAAAGAUAAACGGUGAUCAGUGUAGUCUGUUUCUCGAGUGGAAGUGUCGUAAUAUUUCAGUAUAAAUCGUGUUUGAUUUAUUCAAGUCGAUCGCGAAAAUCGCCCGCUGAAAUAUAAUUUCGAUUGAAAACAAAAAGAAAAAAAAAAGUGUCACUAUAAUCAAAAUGGCGAACUCAAACACAGCAGACAAGACAACCGAGCAAAGCUUGGCGCUGAUCAGGCAGUCGUUGAAAUCAACACUGAUGGAUCAUCUGGAAGGAACACAUUUCGAUGGUUCGAUUCCACACGUCUUUGUGAUUCUUGGAGCAUCUGGUGACUUGGCGAGGAAGAAAAUUUACCCGACUCUCUGGUGGCUCUUCAGGGACAAUCUACUUCCAGAAAAUACAACCUUCUUUGGAUAUUCUCGGAGUAAAUUGACGGUGAAUGACAUAAGAGAAAAAUGUCACCAGUACAUGAAAGUAAAGCCGGAAGAGGAAGGAAAGUACGAAGAGUUUUGGUCUCUGAACAGAUACAUUGCAGGGAGUUAUGACACCAGACGAGAUUACGAAUUAUUAAACAAAGAGCUUGAGAGUAACGAGAAAUCAGUUGCCGCUAACAGACUGUUUUACUUAGCUCUUCCUCCCUCUGUAUUCGAGGUCUCUACGACACAUAUAAGAGAAGUUUGUAUGGCCCAAAAAGGCUGGACGAGAAUAAUAGUGGAAAAACCGUUCGGACGCGAUGCAGCUUCCUCUGAACAGCUAUCCAACCAUCUCGCGUCGCUCUUUACCGAAGAACAAUUGUACCGCAUAGAUCAUUACCUGGGAAAAGAGAUGGUCCAAAAUCUGAUGACCCUGAGAUUCGCGAACAGAAUAUUCAGCCCGACUUGGAAUCGAGACAACAUCGCGUCCGUCCAAAUAUCAUUCAAAGAACCCUUCGGAACCCAGGGAAGAGGGGGAUACUUUGACGAGUUUGGCAUCAUCAGAGAUGUGAUGCAGAAUCACCUCCUUCAGAUUUUGUCUCUAGUUGCCAUGGAGAAACCGGCGUCUUGCCAUCCCAACGAUAUUAGAGACGAAAAGGUGAAGGUACUGCGAUGUAUCAGUCCGUUGGAAUUGGAUGACGUAGUACUGGGCCAAUACGUAGGAAAUCCCAAUGCCAAAGAUCCUGAAGAAAAAUUAGGCUACCUCGACGAUCCCACCGUUCCAGCUGGAUCGAAUACGCCCACCUAUGCAAUGGCAGUCAUGAAAAUUAAUAAUGAGCGAUGGGACAAUGUCCCGUUUAUCCUAAGGUGUGGCAAAGCGCUGAAUGAGCGCAAAGCCGAGGUGCGAAUUCAGUACAAAGAUGUACCGGGAGACAUAUUUGACGGGAAACCAAAAAGGAACGAACUUGUGGUAAGGCUGCAGCCCGGAGAAGCGAUUUAUGUCAAGUUCAUGACCAAGUCUCCUGGGAUAACUUUUGACAUGGAAGAAACUGAGAUGGAUUUGACUUACAAUAGCAGAUAUAAGAAGAUGAAAUUACCUGACGCAUACGAAAGGCUGAUCUUGGACGUAUUCUGCGGCUCUCAAAUGCACUUUGUCAGAAGUGACGAACUUUCGGAAGCAUGGAAAAUUUUCACUCCCUUGCUUCAUCGCAUUGAGAAAGAAAAGAUUACCCCCAUUCCUUACGAGUACGGAUCGAGGGGUCCCAAAGAAGCUAACGAGAAAGCAAAGGAGAACAAUUUCAGGUACUAUGGUUCCUACAAGUGGGUGAAACCUGAACAAUAAUUACAUAUUGUUUGCCACUCAAUAUUCACUAUUUCUAUAAGAGCUCAUUUUUGAAGAACGCAAUGCUGUUUUUACGUUUAUAUUUAUUCAAAUGACCAGGAUUCACUGGAUUUUUUUUUUUUUUUUUUUUUUCGUUUUA